AUGAUGCGAGAGAAUAGUGAGGAUUGGUUAAAUGAGACGGUUCGUACCUCCCUCCACAUGCCGCUUGUUAGAAUGCACAUCGAUUUAUCCAACCUCUCGUAUUCCAAAGAAAAGACCAAAAUUCGGUGGCGCAAAGAAUCUACUUCAGAAACGAUUGGUUCCUACAAAACUCAAAGCUAUUCAAUCAGCCACGUAAAAUUAUCCGUUAAGAAGCGUUCGGAGCACCUUCGCAAGGAAGACAUUCGAUUCCUAUCAAUUUUAAAAUCCAACCUCAAACAAGGAACUGUCAGCAAUGCUGUCAAGAUUGUUCAAGAUAGAAAUUGCGCAAAGAAAUCGGAGUCGGAGAGUGAGACUAGGAGUUGCCAACGAUUGUCUCCACGAGUUUCCUGGGAGGCAUAUUGCAGUUGGAAACUUACUGGUAAUGAUCUCUACAUCGGCCUCAAACCAAAUCUCAAACACCAAAGCAAUGACAUAAAGCUUACUGCUGUGAUGACAAAUGAUGUAGACUUCAAGAUAACUUAUCUCUUGGAUAUGUUUAAAUGCUUAUCCCCGUUGCGAAAGUUUACGAAAUUAAAUGAUGCAGUAAUGGACUCCUUGCCUGAUGGAUUUCCUGUUCGCAUUGAUGUGCCGGUAGCACCGAGUGUAACUGGACGGGUAACUUUCACCAAAGUAGAGCUUUGUGAACCUGGUAAAAUGACCUCCACCGGAAUCAUACUUCAAGAUGAAAUUUUUCGAAUUCCUAUUGGCUACGACUCCAAUGACCUUCUAUAG